GGAGCACCGGUGCCCCCCUUGUCGGCGGUACGCUGGGUGCCCUUCCACCGUCCUACAGUCUGAACUUUCAACGGCUUCCGCUACCAAAUGGAAUGCGCCGGGAAGGGGCGGGGGACUCGGUGCCUUGGACCUCCUAGUAGGCGUUGUGCUCGUUGCGCCGCCGUUAAAUACUGCUCCGCUUCUCACCAGAUUUUGCAUUGGAGUUUCCAUAAGGAAGAAUGUGAAAGGUUAGGGCAGCAGAUGAAGCGCGUCGAUGUUUUAAAUGAUUUUCCAUUCUUGUUUUCCCAAGAAGCUACGGUACAGGUGUGUGAGAAGCAGGAGAGCAGGUGCUCGUUCUUGGACAAAAGGGGAAUCCAUCGUGUGGGGAUGUGGAUGCACGAAUGUCCUUGUGGGGCAUCAGUUGCAUCCUUUUAUUGCAGAAGGUCUGCAAAUGAGGGUUGGCAUCUACCAAGCUCAUUAUGUCCUUGUUCUGAUCCUUCAGUGCUAAUAUCAGAGGAUUUAUAUAGUUGGAAGGAUUAUUAUGAAUGGAGGUGCAUUCCACUAGAUUCUCCCGUUGCUUUGCUUCUUCACUGGCCACUUACGGUAUAUUAUGCGACACAAGUUAUUGGUAUCAAAAGAUUGAUUCCUGAGGGAAGCAAUGUGCUAUGCAUACACUAUCUUGGGCCUGAGAAAGAGCUUCAACAACUUGCUGUUUUUGGUGAAUUGCGUGCCCUCUUCUCUGGUCUGCAUGUCCAUAUAGACCUUAUUGGGCCUGCAAUUCCACAACAGAGGGAUGGCGAAAAGAUCAAUGUUUGCAAUUUUGCUCAUUGCAUGGGCCCAGAUUGCAUUUGCAAAUCUUCAACUGUAAACGUCAGCCACUCUGAAGGCAUUGGGUUGAUGUCGAAGGUGACGUUGCAGCUGCAUAGUGGAUUUUACCAUGACUGUUAUAGAGACAUACAGAAGGAUUCACCUCCUCAUUUGGUGAUUGCUCCAAAUGCUGGCAUUGCUGCUUAUUCAAGUUGGUUGCCUACUAUAGAGCUAAUAAAGAACAUAAAUAUCCCAACUGUAUUUUCUGAUUAUUGUGAAGAAGCGUGUCAUCUUGCAGCUUGUUGCAUAAACACUGUAACUGGCCAUCCUCUAAGUUUACCCAUUCAAUUAAAUCCAUUCAGGCAGCCAAUGGUGGUGGAAGACAGUGCUUUGUUGCUCCCUUGCUAUUCCAAUUGCUUUCUAUUUGGGAUGUGAAGUGGGUUUGCCUCAGUAUUACCAUCAAGUACUCGUCAUGGCUCGUCUAAGAAAAGAAAGUAUUGGUCAUGGCCUUCAUGCAAUUUGUUCUGGGUUUCUCUGGUGAUGAAAGAAGAAUGAGAGUUUAUAUAAUACUGUUAACUUUGAAGAAAUAAGGCUCUAAUUAGAUUGCUCUACCGACAUAAUAAUUUUAGUAUAUUUUCUUUAGGCAGGUAAGACAUCAAAAUGAGCUCUACUUGGUCAAGAAAUCAAGAUCAAGAGGUAUGGCGCUUUCUUCUGAAGGUGCCCAUAAUGACAUCUUAGAUUGAUUGCAUUUUCCAUGGCAACCGACUCAUACCAGAAAUUCGUGCUUGUUCAGUUCCAGUUUUAUGGUUCAAUGAAGGCUCUUUUGGCCGCUUUGAUGUACCAGCUUGGGAUUUCUGUGAGGGAUCAACCAGCACUCUGGUCUCCUGCCUACUUUUUUCUUUUACAAUACAACCAUGGAAGCGUUUCUGGGUAUUCUCUUUUUUAUUUUUUAUUUUUUGAGGAACCGUCAAAAGUAUGGGUUCAUACACAAGUUGUAUCUUAUGUUGCUUCUUUCGAGCAUACGGUUACCAAAACUUAAAUUAUAUACAUAUUUUAUUGAAUUGUU